ACUCUCUUCGAUUCGUCCCUUUCUUCUCUUACCCAUUCUUUUCUUUGUGCAUGCAUCAUGCGCAGCACACUCGCCCUUUCCCUUCUUUCCUUUUGGUCCGCGACCGUAAAUGGCUACGCCAAUCCCAUGACCUGCAGCGGCACCUGCACCAAUGCCCACGACCCAGCGCUCAUCCGCCGUGACGAUGGCACGUACUUCCGUUUCUCGACCGGCGGGAAGAUCGCCAUCCACAGCGCUCCCGCCAUCACCGGGCCCUGGACGUACCGCGGCGCUGCCAUUCCGAACGGCUCGAAGAUCGAUAAGGCCGGAAAGAAUGACCUGUGGGCUCCGGAUGUCCAGAAGGUCGGCAACACGUACUACAUGUACUACUCCGUGUCUUCGUUCGGAUCCCAGGACUCCGCCAUCGGCGUCGCGACGAGCACUUCGCUUGACGUGAACAGCUGGACCGACCUCGGAAGCAGUGGUGUCACCUCUUCUGCUGGAAAGGCGUACAAUGCCAUCGACGGGAACUUGCUGUAUGACGGCAGCAACUACUAUAUGAACUUUGGAUCCUUCUGGCACGACAUUUACCAGGUCAAGAUGGCCAAUCCGCCUACGACGGUCGCAAGUGGUGCUACCAGCACCAACAUCGCGUAUAUUCCGAGCGGUAGCCAUGCGCAGGAGGGUGCAUUCGUGUACAAGUACAGCAGCUACUAUUACCUGUUCUUCUCAGUCGGGCAGUGCUGUGGGUAUGACAGCAGCAAGCCUGCGGUAGGCGGAGAGUAUAAGAUUCAGGUCUGCAGGUCCAGCUCAGCUUCUGGCGGAUAUGUCGACAAGAACGGCGUCGCAUGCACCAACGGCGGCGGCACCACCGUCCUGGAGUCGCAUGAUUACGUAUACGGACCCGGUGGCCAAGGGGUUAUCAAUGAUCCAUCCUUGGGUCCUGUCCUGUACUAUCAUUAUGUCGAUACUCGCAUCGGCUAUGCAGACGGCCAGAAGCAAUUCGGCAUCAACCAGCUCAGCUUCUCAAGCGGUUGGCCAGUCGUAUAA